AUGCGAUUUGCAUACCCUCUGCAUUACGUUUCUUUUACUUACAGUGUACCUCUUUAUUAUCUGGAGUAUUUGAUCACCUGGCAUACUCCUGGUCCCUUGGUGCCAGAUCUGAAGCUUCAUCUCCAGAGCACAGACUAUGGCAAUUUCCUGGCAAAUGAGGCCUCUCCACUCACUGUGUCAGUGAUUGAUGACAAAUUGAAGGAGAAGAUGGUGGUUGAAUUUAGGCAUAUGAGGAACCAUGCAUAUGAGCCCCUGGGCAGCUUUCUUGAUUUCAUCACGUACAGCUACAUGAUAGACAAUGUCAUUCUCCUGAUUACUGGAACAUUACACCAGCGAUCUAUUUCUGAGCUAGUUCCAAAGUGCCAUCCCUUAGGCAGCUUUGAGCAGAUGGAAGCAGUCAACAUUGCCCAGACGCCAGCAGAACUUUACAAUGCCAUCUUGGUUGAUACACCUUUAGCUGCAUUUUUCCAGGACUGUAUAUCUGAACAGGACCUUGAUGAAAUGAACAUUGAAAUUAUUCGUAAUACACUGUACAAGGCCUAUCUGGAAUCAUUUUACAAGUUUUGCAAGACAUUGGGAGGUACAACCGCUGAUGCAAUGUGUCCUAUUUUGGAGUUUGAAGCAGACAGGCGAGCUUUCAUCAUCACCAUAAACUCUUUUGGGACAGAACUGUCUAAAGAAGAUCGAGCAAAACUAUUCCCUCAUUGUGGAAAACUGUAUCCAGAAGGUCUUGCUCAGUUAGCAAGAGCAGAUGAUUAUGAACAGGUGAAGACUGUAGCAGACUACUAUCCAGAAUACAAACUAUUGUUUGAAGGAGCUGGCAGCAAUCCUGGAGAUAAAACCCUUGAGGAUAGAUUUUUUGAACACGAGGUUAAACUGAACAAGUUGGCAUUUCUUAACCAGUUCCACUUUGGGGUCUUCUAUGCAUAUGUGAAGCUUAAAGAACAAGAAUGCAGGAACAUUGUAUGGAUUGCAGAGUGUAUUGCACAAAGGCACCGAGCCAAGAUUGAUAACUAUAUUCCAAUUUUCUGAAUUCAGUUUGCCCUACUGCUCUAAUAAAUGAAAUAAUAAUUGCAUUUCAUCUCUGUUUCUAGUUGGAAUAUUUUCAUUUGUAAAGUGUACAUUAAAUUUCCUGGAUAUA